CAAAUAGUAUUAACAGUUAUUACUAUUAUAGUACUAAUGUGCAGUUUUAAAAUAAUACUGAUAUUUAAAAAAUUAAUACCAGUAGAGUUUAAAACUUAUUUAAUACUGUAAAGUAUUGAUCAAUACUUUUCCAGUAUUGAAAUUAUACCAUGUUUUUAAUGACUCAAGUUUGUCCGUUACCCCACGCGUACCCGGCACAUUCAACUCAGCAAUUCGUCAACAUGAGCUCCACAAAAUUAGUUCGAGUAUCAAAUUCUUUUACAUCAAAAAAAUUAAUUCCAAGUGACGGAAAUUUUGAGGAUUUUGUUACUUCAGUGCGAACGAAAUUCGAUUUAGGGAACGAAGUAAUUAUCCGACUUGAAGAUGAUCAGGGGGCAGAGGUGGACUCGGAUGUUUUUCAUAUUUUAUUAGAAAUUGAAAACAUUCCAAAUAUAGUCUUUAAGUUGGGUGGAGAAGAAUCUCAUCAUAUAACAAUUAAUUUGAAUCCUGACGACAGGAACAGCUCUUCAAGUACCGAGUUAAUGUUCACCCAUUCACCAUCAUCCAAAAUUCAACGGCUGCAACAGGAUGGUUUUAAUCAGGUGCUGGGUAAUUCAAUUAAUGAUAAUCAAGAAAUUAGCAGAGUUGUAGCAGAUUGCAACACAAAAGGGUUUGUCGAUGACAAGUCAGCUGUGAUUCUUGUGCAAGAAUUUGUUUCAAAACUUGUGGAGCUAAAAGGUGAAUCUCCAAGUUCUUCUGACCAAAAGAAUUUGGCGUCAGCAAUUAUUCAAUAUAUUCCAUGUUGGCGAUACGCUGGGUCAACUGAAGGCUUGGAUAUACUUUUUGAUGAAAUUGGACGGUCAGGAUUAAUCCAACGGAGAUUGAGGACAAUUCACCAAAAACUGAAAACCACUGAAAAAAAGAAGGAAUUAAGGGCAAAGAAGACACAGCUUGGAACUGGCGGACCUAAACCGAAAACUGCAAAACUGGAUGACAACGUUGACAACGGACAACAUGACGAGUUAGUUAGGAGUUUAAAUGGCAGCAGUGCAAAAUCGGGAUCCGCAGAAAUAAUUAAACUGGCGCAAGACACCCUCGAGCACAGAAAUUACUUACGACGAGUCAAUCCACAAUCAAUCCUGCUGGUUUAUACAAAAUUUGCGGACUGCGACUUUUUAAUCCGCUUGGAAUUUUCUCUUCUUCAAGGAGAAUCACAAGAAAACUUUACAAGAAUUUGGCCGUCAUUUUCCUCACAGCUGCUGGAGAAAGUGAAAGACUUAAAGCAAUCCCCGUCUUUAUGUAAAUUUCUAACAGAGGAGUCUGAUAAUUGGGACUCUGAAGUAGCAGCACUCUUCGUUCUUCUUUAUUUAAUCCCCCCAGCUGCCCAAGGGAGAGGAAAAGGGAGUCGGUGUACAAUUGAUGAAGCAAAGAAUUUGCUGAUCUCAUUUUAUAAGACUGCAACUCCUCUACCAUCCAUCCUGGAUACUUGGAGCGAGGAUAAGAGACAACCAAACCUUUUGUGUCUUGGAGAAAACAAGAAAACACUUUCUUCCUUUUAUCUCGUUGUAGAUAAAGUACUGCUGCCAAUUGACGCUAAGAAUUCUGCACAAGCAAUUGACCUCCUCUUCAAAUCACACUACGUCUUCGGAGCAGAAUACGACAAGAACUUGCAAGGCCUAUGGAAAUUUCUUCAAGUUUAUAUUUAUAAGGUUGACGUGGACAGUACUGAUCUUUCGGGAAAGGUGAAAAGUGUUUUUACUCAAUUAAGUAAUAUUUUUAAUAAUCUCAUUUAAAAAAAUGUUUACUUGCCCAGUCUGUCAGAUAUUAGUUUUAAGGGCGAGUGAGUUUCAAACUCAUUUAAAAUUUGUACAUAAUUAUGGACACAGUAAUUUUCCUCAAUUAAUUUGCCCUUUUAGUUCAUGUAAUAUAACGUUAGGGACAUGGAGUGGAUUUUUACGUCAUGUAAAGUCACACGAUAAGUUUCUAGAAAUAGGCUCCCAGAUACCAA